GCCUUCUAUAAAUAAACACUUCUGUUCAGCGAUAUCUGUAGAAUAACAGAAAAUAAGCUGUCAUCUAAGUUUAAUUGUUAGAAUAUGAGUAAUUUAUAGGCUACGGGUAGGAGAUUAACUUGGGUACAUUUUGUCUGAAGUAUUGGGGCGUGUAUAGCCCUUGUUAGUGGCAAUGGCCGCACGCUUACAAGACUGGGGAUUCGAUUCCUGCCUUCGUUCUGUUUGAGCGGGUAUCCUCCCCAAGUCCAAAGUCAUAGACUACUGUUUCCAAAUUAUUCUGGGGUUUGAAGUAAAGAGUUAACAGCAGAUCACGUGAUCUCCAGCGACAUUGCUAUGGAAACACCAAAGACGCUGUCCGGUAAGCACAUUUGAGGAUCUGUAUGAAUAUGAAAAGGAGAGGGGAGAAGCCCCCUAAAGAAAAGACAGACAGGGGGUUGCCAGCAGCUGAAGAAGAAACAGCGGCACUGAAUAUUCAAGAACAACCCUCAGCCCAAAGUAUUGGAUACCUGUGGUGACCACACAACCUAAGGCCUCAUCGCCGACUGCUGAGUCCAUCCCCACUGAAGACAGUCUGGCAAAAGUCCGUGAUGAAGCCACCACCCAGUGGUCUCCUAAGCCCUGUCUGCAGGCAGAGCUGGAGACAGAGGAUCCUCACAGCGUGAGGGAGCUCAGGAUCUUUGGCUGGAAGGCUGACGAGUUGACCAUGCAGGCCCUGAGCAAGAUACUGCCAUCCCUGAGCAACCUGCAAAGGCUGCAUCUAUGGAGAGCAGGCUUGACUGAGCAAACUCUAACUUCGUUAAAGAGCACUGUGUCUCUCUGUCUCAACCUCAGGACUGUGGUUUUAGAAGGAAAUCCCCUUCCAGAACAAGCUUUCCACAUCCUCAUCGCUGAAGACAGCCCGUGGGUCUUUAUCAAUCUCUCACAAAUGCUCCACACACAUGAAUGCAGACACACAGAAAUACACACCACAUGUACUGAUGUACAGAAAGAUACACACACAACACAUACAACACGGACACAAACGCGCACAGGCACAUUGGAAAGCGGGUUCAGGCUGACCCACCUGUCCCUGCGGAACAACUGCAUAGGGGAGAGAGGAGCUCAUCUCAUUGGUGCUGCACUGUCCACAGCAAGAGUGGCUAACAGGAGCUUGCUGUACCUUAACCUGGCCUUCAAUUCAAUUGGGGAUGUAGGAGCCAAACACAUCGCCCAGGGACUGCGGCUAAAUCGGACCUUGUUGUGUCUCUCCCUGGCCUACAAUCGCAUUGGAGAUGCUGGCGCUGCAUAUCUGGCAGAGGUGCUGGGGCCCUUUGCACUCACUCAUGAUGAGAUCGUAGAAAGGAGAAGGCAGAUGGGCAAGUGGAAUUCCUUGCCUAGCCAGACCCAGAUUGCAGACUCCAAAAAUGAGAGCUGGCUGUCGAUUGCCAGCAGCUCCUCGCUGGAGCCCAGCAUGAGCAACACCACUAGGAGCUCCACAAGGAAGAAGGACAUGCCCAAGAAGGAGGAGAACCAGACAGCCAGUGAGGGAAAUUUGACUCCUGGAAGGAAGGAGGAGACCAAGCUAACCGGCAAAGGUCCUGACACCAAGUUGGCUCGGGGAAAGGGGGUCAAACCUGCUGCCAAAGAAAAGAAUCUUUCUGUGUUUAAACAAGAGGUAGCAGAUCAGGGGAGCAGACUCACGCACACGGACAAGACUGUGAUCCCUGUGAGUAAGGUAGCCGAGACCUCAGAGCCGGAAAUCCCUGUGCUGGAGACAGAAGUACAAUACCGUGAGGGGAAGGUCAUUGUGCUGGGGAACGAUGUCCUGACAUCCCUGAACCUUUCAGGCAACAGGCUGACGGAGCAGUCACUGAGCUCCUUCCUCUCAUCUGUCAGUCAGCAGCCAGCGGGUGGAGGGCUGCUUCGCCUCUCUCUCUCUAGAAAUUGUUUCCAAGAGGACUGUGACAUUUUUCUAAAGUUACAGGAAUUGAUGACACUCAGAGAUCCUCUUAGCAAAACUGUUCCAGGAGACGAGGAGCAUGAACAAGCGGUGUAGCAUUUUGGGUACACACACAUAUGCACAGCUGUACACUCGUACACACACAUGCAAUCAUAGGCGACUCUCCCAGAAGGUGCAAGGUGAGAGAGCCCAACCAGUCAUUCAUCCAAAUAAAUACAUUUGUAAAAAAGAAAUAGCAAAUGCAUUUACAAUAAAUUAUUAUUAUGCAUUGAUAUGACUAACACAAGCCACAUUUUCAAAUACUGUACUUUUAUAACAUAAUAUAAUUUUAUAACACAAUAUAAUUUUAUUGAAAUUUAUGUGUUCAAAUAGCAUUUUCAUGUGAGGAGUAGGGGGUGCAAUUGCAUCUGCUGCACACUGGGUAAAAUUAGCUAUGCAAGCAAUCACAAUGUAACACACAUGCAUACACUCACACAUACACAAACUCCAUCAGAUUUACACAGCAUAAUUUUACUGGUGAAUGAAAGAAAACACAGUAGAAGUCUCCACAGUACAGAUACAGCCCACAAAGACAUUCUAAACAGCAGGUGAAGCAGGACUUUCUUCCUGAGAUCCCUGUCAGAAAUCUGUAGUAGCUAUUUUUUACGGGUGAGGCAUGUCGAAAGAACAUCAAAAUAAAAUGGCCAAAUUAGGUACUCAGGGUACUGGGUAUUGAUAACACACCUAAAUUUCCCCAUUCAGCCCCUUUGCAGCAUGCAUGUGCAGGCCUUUCAUGGGCACGAGGAUCAAUGACAGGCAUGCAAACUCUUGGCCUGGGGACUCGUCACAGACUCACCCAUCCAGGAAAUACCAAAUGAAGAUGACAGAAAAACAAUUUGAAGUAAGAAUAGGUUUUAACGUUGGGAAUGGAGCAGAUUAAUUUAACAUCCUCUUCAGGGAUGCAGGAUUCAAACUGAGCCACCUGUUAGCACCUUCAAGCUGUUGUCUUCUGUCCCAGACAACAGGAUGACAUUUUGCAAGUGAUAAAUAUGGAGGUUGGUGCCAAAGCUAAAAGUGGCUACCCACAGAGUUUCUUUGAGGAAGUCUGGGCUGACUUCUCAAGCUAUUCCGCUAACAUUGAUUCUUAUGUUCUUAUAAAAAGACAAAUGGGGCAUGGUCUUUUCUGUUCACUGGAGACUUGACAAAAACAAAAAAAAAUUAAGAGAACUCAGCUUCCUGUUGUACAGAAACCAUCUUCCAUCCACUGCGUCCCCCCCCCCCAUGUUUUUUACUGUGUGAUUUGGGAGGUGCCUACUGUAUUUAUCUGACAACCACACAUUAGAUCCAGUAGCAUAAAUAUUACAAUUGUCAAGAGACUGUAUUAAAUUACAGGGGAAUUAAUCCAAUGAUAUGUGGAUAUAUUUAGUAAUUUUUCAAACUUUGGUUAACAUUGGGUAUGUUUUUCUUUAAAAUACAAGCAUUCCCCUGAACUCCCAGCGUUUGGUGCAAGAGGAAAGAGAAUAUAAAACCUAUGUCCCCAGAAAGAUAAUUUAGCUUUAGGA